AGAAAUACUCUGAAUCAUGGAUUACACACCAAUACCUUCUGUGGUCCCAGCCAAUCCCUUUGAUGCUGUAGCCGAUGCUGCCGCUUUACGUAGUGCCAUGAAAGGUUUUGGCACCGAUGAGCAGGCCAUCAUCGAUAUUCUCACCGCCCGGUCGAAUGCCCAACGCCAGUUGAUUAAAGAGCAGUUUUUACAUGAAUUUGGUCGUGAUUUGAUUGAAGAUUUAAAAAGUGAAUUGGGUGGUAAAUUUGAAGAUGUCAUUGUGGGUCUUAUGAUGCCUCCAGUUGAAUAUUUAUGCAAACAAUUACAUAAAGCUAUGGAAGGUAUGGGUACCGAUGAAAGUACCUUGGUGGAAAUUCUAUGCACCAAAUCCAAUGAAGAAAUGUCGGAAAUUGUAAAAUGUUACGAAGAUAUGUAUGAUCGUCCGCUGGCCGAACAUUUGUGUAGUGAAACAGAUGGACAUUUUCGUCGUUUAUUGACAUUAAUUAUUACCGGGGUGAGAGACCCAGUGGGUAAAGUAGAUCCUGAAAAAGCCAAGGAACAAGCUGAGCAGUUGUAUAAUGCUGGUGAGGCUAAAUUGGGUACUGAUGAAGAGGUGUUCAAUCGUAUUUUAGCUCACGGUAGCUUUACCCAGCUGCGUUUGGUUUUCGACGAAUACAAGGAAUUGUCGGGUCAGACAUUGGAACAGGCUAUUAAACAUGAAAUGAGUGGGGAUUUGCAUAAGGCAAUGAUGGCCAUAGUUGAAUGUGUGCAAUCUCCGGCGGCCUUCUUUGCCAAUCGCCUGUUCAAAGCCAUGGAUGGUAUGGGCACCGACGAUACCACAUUGAUACGCAUUAUUGUUUCACGUUCGGAAAUUGAUUUGGGUAAUAUUAAAGAAGAAUUUGAACGUAUUUACAAUCGCACUCUGGUUAGUGCUGUUAAGUCGGAAACAUCGGGUAAUUACAAACGUGCUCUGUGUGCCUUAAUUGGUGGUGCAUAA